UGACCUCCAUACUUUCAAGAAUGCAAAACUAGGUAGUCGCUGCUGUUUCGUGUGCUGAUUUUUCACAAAAAUAUACCUUUAUCAUAGAGAGUGUUUAAAAAAGGAACUUCUAAGAAAUCUUGAAUAGUGAAUUGAAGUGAAUUAAUCAGAAACAACAUUUAUAUUUUAUUGCGGCAAUGGAUACUUCAAGUUGUAAAGUCAAUGUAGGUACUAAACCUAAUAAAAAGGAUAUGAGAAGCCAAUCAUUUCGCCUUGCUACAUAUGUUAACUGGCCAAAGGAUGCACAUGUUAGGCCUAACUCUUUAGCAGAAGCUGGUUUGUACUCAACAGGAUCGCAUGAUGAAGUAAAAUGUUUCUCCUGCGAUUUUACAUUUUCUGCGAUAGAUGACCAGGCUUUGAAUGAACAUGAGAUCAAAUGCCCAGACUGCAUGUUUAUAAAAGACAGGGAAAAUUCAGACAACAUCCCCCUCCAGGCUCCACCGGAUUUAGGAUUUGAAUUUGUUGAAAGUGUCUGCAACAAGCCUGAUUUCAAGCUCCAGGAAAUAGAUACAUCAUCUAUUCUAGCUGAGAUGGCCAGUCCUGCACCGGAGAGUGCACCCGAUAUGCAUUUAGAAGGUGACUUACAGAUUGCAUCCAUGAGAGAAUCACAGUGUAUCAAAGUGACUCCCAUUAAACAUUUGCUUCAUAAAGACUAUGCUGAGAUGCUACAGUUCAAUGAUAGAUCUGAGGUUAACUCUGGGAAAAUACAGUAUUAUGAAGGAACUUCAAGACCUCAAGGUGGCGCCAGUCAUUACCUAGGGAGGAUACAGUCUGUAGAUGAGGCUUCCAAACUUGAUGGCUAUUCUAGUCUAUACUCUGGAGGAGGACAGUUUGAUGAGGAAGAAUACAAGCUUGACGAUGGGCAUCAAACACAGAUUGAGGAAAUCCAAUAUGGAGGAGUGAACAAGUGGCAUCCAGACAAUCAAUACAGUACACAGACAGACUGCCAAGGUGAACGGCCUCAAGAAUACCUCUUUGGACAACCAAUUCACAAGACAGAUAUUGGACUCUCAUUCUCUAACCCACAUGUGAACAUUAGAAGGAAGCUCCCAGAAUCUUGCAGAAAUAUGUUUCAAAUGAAAGUUUUUGUUCUGCUAAUAUUUGCAGUUUUUAUGUUUACAUAUUUAAUGCAUAUAUACUGAAUUCUGAGCCAUCAACGAUUUUUAACAGUUCAAGUUCAUAUACAUCACCAUUUAUGAAUAUGAACUAAGAUUUAUUUGAUUGAAUAGUAGAAAGCAUAAGCUUGAACUUCAAAUCCAACUGUCUAAAAUAUGAAGAAACAUGAGAGUGAAAUCUAUGAGUCAGCUUGACCUAUUUCAAAAAAUGUGAUUUUAUUUUGAAAAGGCCAGAGCAUGUCAACAUAGAGUCUAAGCUCACAAUAUAUUUUUAAUACGCAUGUAUGAAUCUCUAAAACCUUUUUGUGAAGGUAACAUAUAUUGUAAAUCUGACAAUUGGAAAAGUAUGAUAUAUGUAAACAGUUUUUUUGUAAAUAAAGAGGUUUCGAGCUAUCAUUAACAACUCUGAACAAAAGUAAGUUUUAACUUUAACCAGACAUGAGAUCAUGAUAGGAAGCUAUAGAAACAUCAAUAAACAAACUCAAACUGUGUACCUACUUUAUUGUCAGAUAAGCUUGACAUCAUGUACUACAAAGUGAUGUCUAAUAUAUAUUAUUUAGUUACAGGACGACUUUAUCACCAUGUCAUUUUUCAAGAAACUAAUUUUUUGGAAAUGGGGAAGGGGGUAUGAAACCAU